AUGUCUACCACUACCAGUAAUCUACAUCAUCAUUUCCUUCAUAUUCCUCAACAACAACAACAACAACAACAACAACAAGAUAUGGCACUUAAAAGAGUUGCGUUAAUCAAACGUCCCCCACUUGUGCGCUCUUGCUCACCGAAUCUCAGUGAAGGUCUUCAUCGCACAGCAUCCAAUGCAAGCUUAAACAAGCAUCAUCGCAAGCCAAAGAAAUCCGUGCGCUUUUGCGAUAAUGCAUCGUUGGAAAAUGUCCGCCUCUUUCUCAAAACUCAAAUGCCAAAAGCUUGUCGCUCGGACCCUGCAUGCUUGAAUAAACAAUAUACGUUCCGUAUUCGUCGACCCAAUUGGCCUUCGUCGGCUCUCAAGAAAAGACACAGCGAUGGAGGCGCUGCUGUACGCUUGGAAGAUGUUCAGCUAUCAAGGCAACAACAACAGCAAGACACACGGCAUGUUACUUUAUUAGGCAGCAUCCAGGUAGCCAAUCUGGCGUUUCAGAAAAGGGUCAUUGUCAGAUACACAUUGGAUGAUUGGAACACGGCGAAAGAAGUUGAAGCGCAGUACCAAGAGCCUAUUGCCCAUAGUGCCAACACCUGGGAUCGUUUCAGCUUCAAGAUCGUAUUGGAUGCAAACACACAUGCAGCGCAUGAAUCACUGUAUUUGGCGGUCAAGUACAAUGUCAAUGGCCGUGAAUUCUGGGAUAACAACAACCACAAGAACUACCAGGUUGAUAUUGUACCUGAUGUCGAAUUGGAUCUAGAAGAUGCUUCAUCAAACUCUUCCUCCUCCUCGGAUGACGAUGAUGAUCACAUCUUUGAAGACUGCAUCACUCAUGGAGAAGAAGAUGACGAUGCCCAAGAACCCGAUAUUCAAGAACUGCAACAGAAGCUACAUCUCACCAACCUCAAGGAAAGAUAUGAUUUCAGCAAUGCUGCCACCCAGAAGCCAUGGUCUCCUCCCUUGUCACCCACUACGCCUGCUGAUACUGCGCCAAUAUGGAUUGGUCAUAAUAGCAACAACACUAACAGCAGCAAUCACACCAACUACUUUGCAUCACAAACCGCCACAACAGGAGUACCCAACAAGAGUGAAACUGUUAUCCCGGAUGCUGUUCAUACUCGUCCUAGCGACGAUACAACUGCAAGCCAAUUCCACCAUUUGAUCCACAAAUACUGCUUUUACAAUGACCACAAGAAGCCAUCCAUCUUUACACCUUAUCACUCUGAUCCUCCUCGCUGUUCAUCACCAACACCAAAGGCUAUCCGUUCUUGA